CCAAGGAGGGCAAGAGAGGAAAAGCAGGUCCUGGAGGGAGAGGCGGGAAGAAACGUGCCGCUGGGAAAAAGAUGGCAGCCGUGGGAGCCCCUGAGUCAGGGAGCGGGCCAGCAACACCCGGGCCCAGCCAGCCGCUGUACCAGGAGCUUCCUCCGUGCCAAGUGCCUGUGAAGGAGAAGCCAGUGGGCGAGCCCGACCCACUGAGCCAGGAGACCCAGCUGGAGGAGCCACUGAGUGACGUGAUGACCGUCUCCACCUCGUCGGAGCCACUGAGUGACGUGAUGACCUUUGAGUUGAGCAAGAUGGGGCCAAAGAAGAGAGCCUCGGUACCGCCGGCCAAGGCCGGGGAGAUGCGAAAGAGGAAGUCCUCUUCUGAGGCGAGUCCCAGUACCCUGAAGAAGAUGCCCAAGGAGGGCAAGAGAGGAAAAGCAGGUCCUGGAGGGAGAGGCGGGAAGAAACUUGCCACUGGGAAAAAGAUGGCAGCCGUGGGAGCCCCUGAGGCAGGGAGCGGGCCAGCAACACCCGGGCCCAGCCAGCCGCUGAGCCAGGAGCUUCCUCCGUGCCAAGUGCCUGUGAAGGAGAAGCCAGUGGGCGAGCCCGACCCACUGAGCCAGGAGACCCAGCUGGAGGAUCCACUGAGCCAGGAGACCCAGCUGGAGGAGCCACUGAGUGACGUUAUCACCAUCUCCAGCUCGUCGGAUCCACCGAGUGACGUGAUCACCAUCUCCAGCUCGUCGGAUCCACCGAGUGACGUGAUCAACACCUCCACCUCAUCCGUCAGCAGCGACUAAGUUCCGGCCCAGUUGCCGGGAGACCUCAGAGGUCUCACCAGUCCGGGGGGUGGGGGUGGGUGGUGCCCCCUUGCUGAUGUCAAUAAAUCCAAUGUGUUG